CAUUGCCAGCUUCAGGCUGCCUGCCUCCAACUCAGCCCUAAUCGGCCUGAUCUCAAGCGCCCGCUGAGGCUGCAGCGGCUGCAGGCCAGGCUCUGGCUGUGCAGAGUGGUGGGGACAUUCUUACAAGGUAAUGAUUAAGCUGAGUGCUGGGCAAGGGCACGGACAGCUGAGCCAGGAAGGUGAGCCCUAUUCACACCUCAGCCAGACAGCGGUGGCCGGGACUGGUUUGGGAAGGCAGAGCCCUGGGGUGCUGGGGCCCUGAGCCGGCCGCACCAGCCUCCCACUGCACACGGACGUCCGAGAGCAUCUCAGGCUGGAGCCUCUGCUGCCUGCCCUGAGGGGACCCUGCACUUGCUCCUGGCACCAUGAAGCUGGAGGUGUUCUGGACUGGGCUGGAAUACACCUGCCGGCUCCUGGGCAUCACUACUGCUGCAGUGUUGAUCGGCGUGGGCACCGAGACCUUCCUGCAGGGGCAGUUCAAAAGCCUGGCCUUCUACCUGCUAUUUACAGGAGCCGCCAUUUCCGUGUGUGAAGGGGCCUACUUUGUGGCUCAGCUGCUGGCCAUCUGCUUCCAGUGCCGGCCAGGGUCCCUGGCAUACAGAACAAGGGAGAAGGCCCGCUGGCUGGGUUGCUUCCAGAAGUUCCUGGCCUACAUGCUGCUGUCCGUGGCCUGCUUCCUCCAUCCUGUGCUGGUCUGGCACGUGACCAUCCCAGGCUCCAUGCUCAUCGUCACUGGCCUCGCCUACUUCCUGCUGAGCAAGCGCAAGAGGAGCAAAGCUGCCCCUGAGGUGCCAGCCACCCCGGAGCAGUACACGGACCCCUCCAGCAGCGCCAUUAGCACCACUGGCUCUGGGGACACUGAGCAAACCUACACUUUCCACGGAGCCCUCAAGGAGGGGCCCAGCUCCCUCUUCAUCCACAUGAAGAGCAUCCUGAAGGGCACCAGGAAGCCCAGCGCCCUCCAGCGCCCAGACACCCUGACGGAGCUGGCUCUGGAGCCCGCUGAUUCUCUGGCCAAGAAGAAACAAGUGCACUUUCAAGACAGUGUGGUCAGGAUCAUCCCAGCCCUCGCCAAAGGCCUGGACGAUGGGGACAGCGAGCCAGAGGAGACCACGUCCGACACCACCCCCAUCAUCCCUGCCCCCCAGCACCCGCUCUUCCUGUCUCCUCUUGCGGCCACCGGCCUCUUCUGAGUGGCCUGCUCCAGAGUGGGGGAUACUCAGCGAGGGGUCUGUAUGGCCCCGCCUGUAGAGUCCUGAUAUCCACGGGCCCGCAGGGAGCACGGAGUCUUCACAGGUCAGCUCUUCAAGAGGUGAGCAGACAUCCCCACAGUGGCAGAGCCUCUGGGGCCGUCAAGUGGCAUGGCAGGUCCUGCAGUGACCGUGAGGGAGGCGUAAGUGAAGCCCACGCUGCCUCAAGCCAGCACAGGUUCCUCCUCCUGGAUAUGGAGUGGGGAAAUCCAUGCGCUUUCCCCAAAGAGACCAUCACUCCUGCUUCACACAAGGCUGCCUCAGGCCCAGGAGAAGCUACCAGGCUUCUCCUGCACCUGAUACAGGUCCCAGCACUCAGCAAGGACACAUGGCCCAUACCACCUCUGAGGCAGCAUCCCAGCUCUGAAGACCCAGGGAUGCACGGGCAACUUCCACAUGUCAAGGGCAGGUGUUGAAAGUGGCCGUGGGUCCUAACCCCCAUCAAGAUUGCUCAGCAUGGGCAGGGAAGUCCGGGCUGCAGCCUUUGUGGCCAUACUCAGUGCCCAGCAAUGGGCCACAUUCUCUGUGUGCUCUGGGGCUGGCCCGGGCAGCAGGAGUCAUGGAACCACUCCAGGAAACAAUGCUGCUCUGUGCUCACUGUAGGGAAAGCCAGGCCACAUGAAUAAUGGUCAUUCCAGAAGCAUCGCUGAGGGUUCUCUGCAUCCAUACCACAUGCACUUUUCCAAGAUUCCAAGUAGAUGAUGCAAACUAAAAGGUCCCGAAAGCCGAUGAUAUUCUUCAGCAUGAAUGCCACAACACAGGAUGCAGUGAGGACUGCAUGCAGGGACCACAGAGGUGGUGCCCUGACGACACACAGCACAGCAUGCAUAGGUGCCUGGUGGCAGAAUAGAUGAUAAAUUAUGUUUGUUCAAAAUGGAAGGGAAGAGGAGAGGACAAGGGGGGAUAGGAGGAAAGUGACAGGCAAGCUAGCUGUCUGCCAUGAAGCCAUGGAAGUGACAGUUAACCCAGAUUGAGCAAAGAAACUUGAAUCAUAUUCCUUAGUUAAAGGAUUUGCAAUAUAGUUUUCAUUUGGUUCGUGGGAUUAUUGCAAGUAAGAACAAACACACUCUUCUUCAUAGGCAAUCUUAAUUAAUGAGCAAUCUGAAGAUACCGUUACGUGGCUCCCCGAUAGUGUAUGUGAGCAAACACCAAGGUUCUGCAGAGCAGGCCUCAGGGCACGUGCUUUAAGGUCUAGAGAAGAAGUGGGUGUUCAUUCUCAUACACUUUUUAAAAUCCCCUAUGAGUUAUUUUGCGAAUGUAUGGAAACUGAUACAACCAGAAGCUUGUAUCAGUUUAUUGCCUAAAUGCAACAAGUGUCCCAAAUAAGCAGACCUCUUCCUGCAAUAACCCAGUUCUUCCAUAAAACUGAGUGAAAAAAGACAAACACAUUCCCGUAAGUCCUCCACGGUGGAAGCCGUGGGGCUAUUUCUUCAGCUGUCCCUGAGGAGGGACUUCUGGAGCCGAGAGUCACAGUCAGGGGAGAGUGUAUAAUGUGGCACAUGGGUGUGGGUGGGUGGGGAUUGCAGCCAGUUCCUAAUGGGAGGUGUCCUGUGCAGGCUGCCUGUGCCCCAUCUGAAGAGGGAGGAGCCCGGGGUCUCUCCCCUUCUCAUGGGGAGAAGGGGCACGUGACGGGCACAGCACAGGCGUGGCCAGCCUCUGGGGACCCCGACCCUCCUGCUCCGUUCCCAGAACCCCAGCCUGCAGAGCUGGACAGAUGACCAAGAAGCACACCCAGAAAUGUGAUGUCAGCACUGCCAGAUCCCAUGUAAUAAACCGUUCUGUAAACCCCAGCUCUAGAGCCUUGCUUAGGAUGUGUCUUAGAGGUGAGGGGGCACUGGGAGUCCGGGUAAUGUGACGUGCGUGUGACUCAGACAUCUAGGCUUCCUGCUGCCUGUCAUCAGUUGAGGGAAGUUCUGCUGCAGCAUUAGCUCUUAUGGAGAUCAGUGGAGUAAAGUUCUCAAACACUCCUGUUGCAGGAAAAAAAAGGCUGGGAUGAGGUCAUUAACUAGACACCUCACCUCUGUCAGUGGACCAGGCAAGAAAGUGGCACGUCCUCAUGAGCAGAUGGACACCCUGUGUCUCCAUUUGGUUCUCAGCCCGAGACAACCACGUCUGUAUCCACUGCUAUCCCUGCACAGAUGCUGUAAUGGCCCUCAUCCUUGCUGAGCACAGACCAGAAGCUCUGACCCUUUUGUGGCCCAGCUCCCUUUCUCAGCAGAAAGCAGAGCAGGCAUUCCGUAGAUAUGAAACAGAGUGAUUAGAAGUGGGAAAAGCCCUAGGCUGGGAAUCAUUAAAUCUGCCACCAAACACUCUUGGUCUUGGCCAUCCCCCUUCACCUCUCUGCUAGACAUAACAGAAUUCUCUCAGGAUUGGUGUGAUCGUUCACCCCAAGAAAGAUGGGGAAAGUGCUCUUCAGAUUAUAAAUCAUCCACUCAGCGUGAGUGUACCUUCCUGUCGCUGUGGGGGAAAGCCCCAAAGUAAGGAAACACUGAAGAAAUAGAGCCAAGACUUGUCUCUGGGGCAAGGCCAAUGCUGACGCAACCGCUUCUUUCUCAACUUGAGUCCAGUGCUUGAGCCUAAGGAGGGUGCGGCCACCACCCUGUAGCUUAGAGAACCAUACUGGUGUCCGAAUUACGAGGAGCCGUGCCCUGGAGGGGACCAGGAUAACUGCUCUCUCCCAUCAGUCCUAAGGGAUUUUCUUUUUAGUUUUUAAAAUAUCUUCAUCGAGAUGAAAUUCACAUACCAUAAAACUCACUAGUUUAAAUGGUUUUGUAUGUUCAUAAGCAAGUACACCACAAAGUUCACAUUUUCAUCACCACCCCACCCCUCCACAAAAAAAAAAGAAAACCGUUAACAAUCACUCCCCACCACACCCCUACCCCAGCCUAAGCACCCUAUCUGUCUUUAUAGAUUUUCCUUUAUAGACAUUUCAUACAAAUGGAAUCAUAUAAGACAUGGUCUUUUGUGACUUGCUUUGUUC